AUGUCCAUGGCCAAUCUGUUCGGGUUCUCGGCACCGGUCGAUAUCCAGGUCGCAUUCAAUGGCGAGGAGGAGAGAAAGAUGGUCGAAGUCAAAGUCGACAAGGACAGGAGAGAAAAGUUCCCGCUCUACUUUGAUGGCGAGACUGUUGCAGGAAAGAUCCAGAUCCGUGUCAAGGAUGGCAAGAAGCUGGAGCACAACGGCAUCCGCGUCGAGUUUGUCGGCAACAUCGAGCUGUUCUAUGAUCGAGGAAACCAUUACGAGUUCUCAUCGCUCCAACAGGACCUAGCCGUCCCAGGAGAGCUGCGCGCAAAUACGACGCUCGACUUUGAGUUCAAGAAUGUGGAAAAGAUGUACGAAAGCUAUCAUGGGAUCAACGUCAAGCUCCGAUAUUUCAUCCGCGUCACCAUCUUGCGGCGCCUGGCUGAUGUGGUCAAGGAGCGGGACAUCUGGGUUUACUCUUAUGUGAUGCCUACUGAGAGCGCUAACAGCUCGAUCAAGAUGGAGGUAGGAAUCGAGGACUGCCUACACAUCGAGUUUGAGUACAACCGCUCCAAAUACCACCUAAAAGACGUAAUCGUGGGCAAGAUCUACUUUUUACUGGUGCGCAUAAAGAUCAAGCACAUGGAACUAUCCAUCAUCCGUCGCGAGACCACAGGAGCUGCCCCGAACCAGUACAACGAAAGCGAGACCAUCACAAAGUUCGAAAUCAUGGACGGCGCGCCAGUCCGAGGCGAGACCAUUCCUAUUCGCCUCUUUCUCGGUGGAUUUGAACUCACCCCCACAUACCGAGAAGUGAACAAAAAGUUUUCCACGAGGUACUAUCUAAACCUUGUGUUGGUCGACGAGGAACACAGACGCUACUUCAAACAACAGGAGAUCACCAUUUUCCGCCGAAAAGUGGAUGACGGGCUAGAACCUGAGGAAGAUGAGGCAGACCCAUAG